CUAUAAGUAGGUGGAGAGGAUACACCUUCCUUGCUCAAGAAAAACAAAUCAAGUAGUAACACUUUGAUAUUAAGAAUAUGGGUAUUCACAAAGUUAGUUAUGUUGCUCUCCUCCUUUUAUUUGGAAUGAUUCUGCUUGGGAGCAAUGUGGAACAUGCAGAUGCCAAGCCUUGUCCUCGUAAUUGUGACCCUCGAAUUUCCUACGAAAUUUGCCCACUCUCAGAAAAUAAAAUGAUAAAUCUUGAUCAAAUAUGCACCAAUUGCUGCGCAGGGAAAAAAGGAUGUAAUUAUUUUAGUGCUGAUGGAACUUUUAUUUGUGAAGGAGAAUCGGAAUAUGUAAGUGAGGUGAACAAUAAUUUAAGAAAACCUUGUCCUCGUAAUUGUGACCCUCGAAUUUCCUACGGAAUUUGCCCACUCUCAGAAAAUAAAAUGAUAAAUCUUGAUCAAAUAUGCACCAAUUGCUGCGCAGGAAAAAAAGGAUGUAAUUAUUACAGCGCUGAUGGAACUUUCAUCUGUGAAGGAGAGUCUGAAUAUGUAAGUGAAGGAGAAAAUGAUCUCCAAUAAAAGCAUUUCUUAUUGGAGGUACUGUAUGUAUUAAAUAAAACCAUAAUGAUGACGCCAUGGAUGUAAUAUGUAAUAUGGCUGUGGAGCUUUACCAGUACUGCUUGUGCUACUUAAGUGUGUGCAUGUUUAAUAAUAAAUGGAACACUAGUUUGUUCUAGUUUUAAAA